AUGUCGAAGCGUGAGGAGGAGAGAGGGGACGAGCAGGAGAGCAGCAUAUUCGGCGGCGGAGGAGGAGGAGGAGGAGCAAGAUUAGGCGGUGCAGCAGUCGAUAAUCAGUGGAUUAGUGGGGGCUCUGCAGCUGCAUCCAUGGCACACAUGUGCGCGCCCUCGCUUACUCUCGCCCUCGGACAUGGCGCUUUUUUGUUUAUUAUCACUACACUACUAACUAUCAUCGCCCAGAAUCCAGACUUCAGAAUCCAGAAUCGACACAGCCCGGAUUCCAGACCUCUCGCAUACGACUUGUUGCGUCUUGCGUAUUGCAGCGUGGCGGCCGGCAUCGCACUUGUUACACGGUAUAAUUAA